AUGCCCCGUUCCAUCUCUGCAGCGUUGAUCCCUUGCAUCUUCCUUGCAUCCUUGCAUUCUCCCAGCAUGUCUGACCCCAAGUCGAAAUUCAGCCACUUACCCCGCGCAGCAGCCGGUCCUUUGACCUGUCCCCACCAGGGGAAUUCUGUGCUACAGUCAUCGCAGUUUAACAAAGGGUCUGCAUUCCCAGCCGAUGAGCGAUCGGCCUUCAAACUGCAUGGUCUUCUUCCACCCAACAUCCAGACCCUGGACGAGCAGGUCCAACGCGCCUACCAGCAAUACAGCAGUAGAUCUGAUGAUCUAGCAAAGAACACUUUCUUGUCUAGCAUGAAAGCGCAGAAUGAAGUGCUCUACUAUAAGGUGAGACCCGAAGCGUGGUCCCGAAUUAUCACCUUUUUAACUUGUAAUCAGCUUGUUCAAACGCAUUUGAAGGAGAUGUUCAGUGUGAUCUACACGCCCACUGAAGGUGAUGCAAUCCAGGAUUAUUCGCGACUGUUCAGAAAGCCUGAGGGGUGCUUCCUGAACAUCAAUGACCCGGACCGAAUCGAAGAAAGCCUCUCGUCAUUUGGAUCCGGAGACGAUGUUGACUACAUUGUAGUCAGUGAUGGGGAGGAGAUCCUUGGUAUAGGGGACCAGGGCGUGGGUGCCAUUCUCAUCUCGGUCGCCAAACUUGUCAUCACCACGCUUUGUGCUGGAAUUCACCCCUCGCGCCAACUACCAGUCGUGUUGGAUUGUGGGACAGAUAACGAGGACCUCCUCGCUGAUGAACUGUACCUAGGGCUGCGACAGCAUCGUGAGAGGGGAGAGAAAUACGAUGAUUUCGUCGAUAGAUUUGUCCAAGCAGCUCGCAGACAAUUCCCGAGGGCUUACAUACACUUCGAGGAUUUUGGAUUGAAGAAUGCCCGAAGAAUCCUCAACCGCUAUCAGUCACAGAUCCCGUGCUUUAAUGAUGAUAUCCAAGGAACUGGAUGUGUCACCCUUGCCGCCAUGCUCGCUGCACUUGAAGUGAGCAAUGUCCAAUUGGAAGAUACACGGGUCGUCAUCUUCGGCUCGGGCACUGCCGGUAUUGGUAUUGCAGAUCAGAUUGCCGAGACUAUCGCUACCAAAACACACAAGUCGAAGGAUGAUGCAUCGAAGCAAAUCUGGUGUAUUGAUAAACCAGGUCUGCUGGUAAAGUCUCUUGGUCAACAGUUGACUGAUGGGCAGCAAUCCUUUGCGCGAGAUGACCAUGAUUGGUCAGAGAACGACCGAGACUUACAGUCAGUGAUCAAGAAGGUCCAGCCUCAUGUUCUCAUUGGUACAUCGACGAAGCCUGGAGCUUUUACCGAAGAUGCAAUCCGUGAGAUGGCACGUAAUGUGGAAAGACCCAUCGUUUUCCCUCUGAGCAAUCCCACACGACUCCACGAAGCAAAGCCAGAGGACCUAUACAAAUGGACUUAUGGGAAAGCACUGGUUGCCACAGGCAGUCCAUUCCAACCAGUCAAUUACAAUGGCACUGAAUAUGAGAUAGCUGAGUGCAACAACUCCACAUGCUUCCCGGGCAUUGGCUUAGGAGCAGUCCUCUCUCAAUGUCGACUCAUGUCCAAGAAAAUGCUCGUCGCUGCUGUGGAGGCACUGAAGGCAGAGUCACCAGCGUUGAAGGAUUCCAACAAACCCCUACUACCCGACGUCGAAAACGUGCGCGAGAUCAGUGUCAAGAUUGCAGCCGCCGUGAUCCGUUGUGCGGUAGAAGAGGGCCUCGCACAACAGGAUGGAAUUCCUGACAGUGAUUCGGAGCUACAGGAGUGGAUUCAGGCUCAGAUGUGGGAGGCUGGCUAUAGGCCUCUGGUUGGUGGGAAUUAG